GACGGUCUCGGGCGGCACUAGAACUACAACUCCCAGGUUCCUGCGCGGCGCGGAGAAGGCAGGCCGGGACUGUGCGAAAGAGACUCCGGGGGAUAGCGGGCCAGAGCCGGCCGCUCCUCCUUUUAAAGCGGUUUCGCACCUCUUUCCGCCCGCGGCGUCGGUGGCGUCGACGGCGGCGGCGGCGGCGCCGUCCACGCAGGGGCGGGUCACGGCGGCGCGAAGCGGUGCUGGGCGGGAAGGGAAGUCGUGGCGGCGGCGAUCGCAGCAGCGGUGAUGCUGUCAAGUUAGGCCGUCGGAGAAAUGGGAGACCCGGGGUCGGAGAUAAUAGAAUCUGUCCCUCCAGCUGGGCCCGAGGCAUCUGAGUCAACAACGGAUGAAAAUGAAGAUGACAUUCAGUUUGUUAGUGAAGGACCAUCAAAACCUGUUCUUGAAUACACUGAUCUGGUCUGUGGUGAUGAUGAAGAGCCUAGCAUCUAUCAUAGUGAUAUUCUGUUCCCUAAAAUGCCAAAACGACAGGGAGAUUUUUUGCAUUUUUUAAAUGUGAAGAAGGUGAAAACAGACACAGAAAGAAAUGAUAACAGAAAUCAUUGUGGACUGUCUAAGAGGAAUCAAAUUUCAAAAUAUGUUGAAAAACCAGUCAUUGAAGAAAAUCCAUCAUGUUCAUCAAAGGAAGAAACAGAUAAUCUUGUGCUUCCAGAUUGUUGGAAUGAAAAACAAGCAUUUAUGUUUACAGAACAGUACAAAUGGCUUGAAAUAAAAGAAGGUAAAUUAGGAUGUAAGGAUUGUUCAACAGUUCGGCAUUUGGGAUCAAAAGCAGAAAUGCAUGUCCAUGUGUCCAAGGAAGGGAUUGCAUAUUUAGUAACCCCUAAUGGCAGUAAUAAAACUACUACACAAGCUUCUCUGCAGAAAAAAAUUAGGGAACACGAUGUUUCUAAAGCCCAUGGUAAAAUUCAGGAUCUGUUGAAGGAAUCAGUUAAUGACUCAAUUUCUAAUUUAGUGCAUAAAAAAAAAAAUAAAAAUACUGAUGCUACCAUAAAAGUUUUCAAUACAGUUUAUAGUUUAGUAAAACAUAAUAGACUUGAUAUUGAGGGGGCAAUAGAAUUACAAGAGAAAAAUGGAGAGGUCAGCUGUUUAAAUACGCGAUACAGUGCAACAAGAAUAGCAGAGCAUAUUGCAAAAGAAAUUAAAAUGAAGAUAUUUAAGAAUAUGAUAGAAGAGAAUGCCAAAAUCUGCAUCAUAAUUGAUGAGGCAUCUACAGUUUCAAAGAAAAGCACUCUAGUGAUUUAUCUCCAAUGCACAGUUCAGUUGGCUCCCGCACCAGUUAUGUUGUUCGUUGCUUUAAAAGAAUUGGUCUCCGCCACAGCAGAGUUUAUUGUCAAUACGUUAUUGAAUACUUUAAAUGAUUGUGGGUUUACUAAUGAAUAUUUGAAAGCAAAUUUAAUUGCAUUUUGUUCUGAUGGUGCUAAUACAAUGCUGGGAAGAAAGUCUGGAGUAGCUACAAAGUUGUUAGAAUAUUUUCCUAAAAUCAUUAUUUGGAACUGUUUAAAUUAUCGAUUACAGUUGUCACUUGAUGAUUCAAUAUCUGAAAUAAAACAAGUUAAUCAUUUUAAACUAUUUCUUGAUAAAAUUUAUUCCAUUUAUCACCAGUCUAAUAAAAAUCAAAACAAGCUUUUAGAAAAUGUAGCUAAAGAUCUUGAAAUUGAAAUUGUUAAAAUUGGCCGGGUAAUGGGACCAAGAUGGACAGCAUGUAGUUUACAAGCUGCUACUGCUGUAUGGCAUGCAUAUCCUGUAUUAUAUAUGCAUUUUUCUCAUUCUUGUUCUGGUUUGGCAAAGAGAUUAUCUAACAUUAAUUUCUUACAAGACCUUGCUUUAAUGAUUGACAUUCUUGAAGAAUUUUCACUACUUUCAACUGCAUUACAGUCAAGAUCAACUAACAUUCACAAAGCACAAAAAUUGAUCAAACGCACCAUAAGAGCUUUGGAAAUUAAAAUCAGUACUGGAAAGCAUGAGUCUCAAAUUGAGGGUUUGAUUAAGUCAGAUAAGUUUAAAGAUAUUCCAUUUAAUAAAAACAAUGAAUUUAAUGCUCUUCCAAGGAGUAUGUUACUAGAAAAUAUAAUUGAACACAUGCAUUUAUGUCUUUUAUCUGACAGAAACCAUGACGAAAGUAUUUUUAAUUAUUUUGACUUGCUAGAACCUUCUACAUGGCCUUAUGAAGAAAUAACUUCACCAUGGAUAGCUGGUGAAAAAAAAUUAUUUCAUCUAUGUGAAAUUUUAAAAUAUGAAAUUGAUUUGAAUGAUUUUCGAGAAUUUGUACAUGAUAAUAUAAAAUCAAACAAUGUUUCAAUUCCUAUAAUAGCUAUAUAAAAAGCUAAAAAGAUAGUUAACACUAUUGCAAUCAAUAAUGCUGAAGCUGAAAGAGGUUUCAAUUUAAUGAAUAUAAUUUGCACAAGGGUGAGAAAUAGCUUAACAAUAGAUCACAUAUCAGAUUUAAUGACAAUAAAUUUAUUGGGGAAGUAGUUAGCAGAUUGGGAUGCAACUCCAUUUGUAACGUCCUGGUCAAAUUGUAACCAUAGGUUGGCUACAGAUAAAAGAGUUAGGCAAAAAUCAGCAAAAGCCUUCUGUGAGAAUCAGUUGGCUAUAUGGAACUUACAAUAAAGGGUAUUGUGUAUGUUUUUAUCAUUUGUAAAUUGUGUGCUAUACAUCUCUUAUACAUAAAAAAUUCUUUGAAAGUCAAUUGUUAAACUUUUAUUGACAUGUUGUUUAAAAGGCAUUCUCCAAAAAGCUAAAGUUGAUUGUUUUUAGGAGUUACAUAGUUAGAGAUUAGCCCACGUCUGCUAGAGGGCCAUGAUAUAUAUUCUGUACAGAACAUCCAGCCAUUUCCACUUUUGCUGUCUUACUUUUUACUUAAGAUGCAAAAGAAUAACAACCUAGUCAAGUUCUAAGCCCUAGAAAUUAUAUGGAUGCAAAAUGAAAUAAAAAUUGCAAACCUUUUG